AGAAAGCUUAUCGCGGUAGCCGUGUGAUUGACUAUCAUUCAUCUCUAUGAGAAAACGCAAUUAUUGCUGUUUCAUUGCUGUCGCCAUGGCAAUAAUCAUCUUCAUACUGUUCGUGUGUGGAUCCAUCAGCUCUCACACGAGCACUGCAGCAGCCAGAACACACUUCAAGGUUUCUGGGAAAACUUUAUAUAAACUGGACAUCUCGUGGCCCAAACAGCCAGAGGUUUUCACCGGCCAGGUGUUUGGUGUGGCUGUCAAUCAUCUUGCAGGCGUGGUUUAUGUCGCACAGAGAGGAGAGAAUGUCCCGAAAGUGUUGGUGCUCAGCACGGAUGGAGACUUCAUUCAAGCGUGGAACACCAGCACCCUGGAAAUGCCUCAUGGGAUUUUUCUGGCUAACCCUUCAACUGAGCCAUCGGUGUGGAUCACUGAUGUCGGGACGGGGCCGUACGGACACACGGUAAAGCAGUAUUCCCCAGCGGGGAAGCUGCUUCAGGUGCUGGGAUCUCCCGGGAAAGCCGGAUCUUCUCUCGGUCCCAUCCAGUUUGACCAGCCGGCUGAGAUAUUCGUCCACGGUUCUGGAGAAAUCUACAUCGUGGACGGAGACGGCGGGAUAAACAACCGUCUGAUGAAACUCUCUGAAGAUCUGCAGGUGCUGUGGAUGCACGGCGAGAGAGGACAGGGACUCGCUCAGUUCUACAUCCCUCAUAGUGUGGCUGUGGACACCUGUCAGCGGGUUUGGGUUGCGGACAGAGGUAAUAAACGCAUUCAGGUGUUUAAUUCAGUGACGGGUGACUGGCUGGGCUCGUGGGGAAGCUGUUUUAAAGACGACGCACCCUACUCUGUCAGACUCACACCAGACCAGAAGUAUCUAGUGGUGACCCAGUUAAACGUCAAUCAGAUCACACUGCUGGAUGCUCCACCUGUAGGAAUCAUCGGUCAGUGUCAGGUGGUCAGCACCAUACAGCUGGCAGACGAUGUCAAACCUCAUCUGGUGGAUCUGGAUCAGGGCAACGGAGAUCUUUACGUGGCAGAAAUUGGUGCCAGUCAGGCCCAAAAGUUCAUUGCUGUGAACACCGGGAGUGUUUAAAUAUCUUAUGAAAAACCGAUUACACUUAUUACCUGAAGAGCUCUGUAAGAGAACGUUUAAGCUCUUUGUAAUGAGCUGAAAUGAAUAGCUCGGAUGAGAAUAAUGAGAGAUCAUGUCUGAGGUUUUAUUUGAAACCAGAAGAAUACGUUUACAUAAGAUGUAUAUUUCUUGGGGGGGGGUUUGAAUGAAAGACAUUCUCAUUGACUUGUUUGGUCAAUUUCAUGUGUACAUUAUGACACUGAGUUGUCUGUAAUUCUAUUUGUGAACAUAGUAUGUGUUAAUGCGUGUAAUUAUAAGAAUAUGUGCGUGCGCCUGACAACUUUUGUAAUGGAAAGUGUGACAGACCUGUUGACUCUUAAUGUAAACAUUUAACAUGAUUAUAUGGCAAGUAUCUUUUUUCAUUGCACUUGACAUUGUGUUUUAGGAGGUCUUCCUAUGAAGAGCAGGGUGCAUUUUGAUCAUCGUGGGUGCCAUUAUUCAGAUGUUUGAUUGUAUUACUUUUUAUAGUGCUUCUGUUUGAAUGUACUAUUCACAAACCGGACAUGUGGAGCUGUGAUGGUGAUGAUUUAUGGUAAGGUUAGUUUUUAUCAGCUGGCGAGACAGGGAUGUCAUGUUUUAUUACUGUUAUUGCUUAAUAAAUGCAUAAGUUAUGCGAA